AUGAAAAAACUUAUUUCUGUUUUGGGGCUUAUUAUAUCAAUUAAUAUAAUAUUUUCCCAAUUUUUGGAUGCUUUUCAAUCUUUCUAAAGACCUCUAAUAGAUUGGAGAAUUAUAAAAGGGUAAAAUUUGUAUAUAUAUUUAGUCUAAUAUAUAAUGAAUAUACUGAUUAUGUUUCAUAUUUAGCAUCAGGCUUGUGGUUACUUUUAAAUUAUUAUUUAGAAGGGUUUCGCUUUAAUUCAUUUUUAAUAAUUAUUGCCUAAUUUUUUUUCUAUUUAGACAAUGUAUUAAAUAAAUUUUUAUUUUAGGCUUUUUCAUUAAAGAGUAUUUUAUCUAAUGCUUCAGCCCUUUUUGCAAUUUUAUAUUUAUGGUCUUUGAUUAAAUAGAAAAAUUUCUCAUUACCUCAACCCAAAGGUAGGUUUAGAACUUGUUAUAAACAAAUUUAACUAAAAGAUAAAUAUUAGACAAUUGUCUCAGUUUACUACCCCUGUCGCGAUUAAAAAUAGAAAGAUGUUGAUAUUAAAUGGCUGCCAAAUUAAAAAUAUUCCAAAUAAAUAUAUGAAAGAAUGUAGUUACAGUUGAAAUGGGUUCCUCAUCAUUUCAUCUUUGAUUUUGGUCUAAGCUUUUUAAAGUAAACAUUUAUUUCAAAUAAUAAGUUAUAUAACAUUUAAGGCUAGUUUAGAGUAACCUUUAAUUAAUGAUAAUCUAGAUGUUGCUAUUUUUAGUCAUGGAUUUACUUAACAUAGAAAUGCUUACACUUUUUUGUGUUAAGAAUUAGCAAGUGAAGGAAAUGUUGUAUUUUCAUUAUAACAUCAAGAAAUGGUUUAUCCUUGGGAUUUAAAUAAAACUAAAAUUUUAAAUUCUGGAAAUAAGCCAGAAGUGAUGGAAAAAUAUUAAAAUUUAAGAGCAACUCAUUUAGAUUGGAGAUGUGAAUAAGUAAAGUAUUUAAUUUAGUAAUUAAAAUGUGGAAAAAUAUAAGAAAUUUUUGAACAUUUCAAGCCUUAAAGUAUUAAUUUAAUAGGACAUUCUUUUGGGGGAGCAACUGUUCUCAAAGUUGCUUAAGAAAUUAAAGUAGAAAGUGUGAUAUCAUAUGAUCCAUGGUUAUUUCCAUUCAAUAAGGAAGAAUUUAAGAAAUAAGUUUAAGGAAGAACUUUAAUCUUAAGCAAAGAUAAAAAUAGAUUUAAAUAAGAAGUUUUUGAGCCAAAGUUAUUAAUGGAUUUUCUAGAAAAUAGAAAUAAUGUUGAGCACUAUCGUAUAAAAGGGUUAGAUCAUGCCUAUCCAAAUGAUUUAACUUAUUUAUUGGCUACUGAAUUGACAUUAUUUGGAGAAUUAAGAAGUAGCAAAAAUAUUUAGUAAAUUAAUGAACUUUUGAUUUCUUUAGCAAAAAAAUUUAUUAAGACCAUCCCUUUUACUUAAGAAGAAAUGAAUCAAUUUUAUUGA